AUGGCUUUGGCUAUGAAGCUUUCGGAUGUUGUCGCGAAGCAUGAUAGCCAUGGCAACGCUAAAAGCCCGGGAGCUGAACUCAAGAAAAUCAAGCCUCUCGCUACGCUUAAUGAACAACGUCUGCAAUAUGACACAUUUGAUAUUCAGCACCCAGUCACAAACUCUGAACAGUUGUGGAAAAGAGCCUUUGAGAAUCUGAAUGCCACAGAUAAGGAUUCAUUAGUUCAAGAUUCUUCUAGCCAAGACACGCCAUCAUUGGAGGAGAUCAUACAGUAUGUCAAAUUACAGCAAACUAAGUGUAUGGAAAAAAGGUGGAAGAUCGAAAUCAAAGGCAAGACAGUUUAUCUACGCGAUUUAUGUGACAAAAUCAUACUGUGGGUGAACAAGUUCAAAGAAAUCGGAGAUAUCGUAAUGCAAUACGAUCCCGGACAUGCAGCGCUACCAUGGGCUGCUUUCCGUCUUCUUCUGCAAGUGACUGUGAAUGACAACCAAAUGUUUAGCAGUAUGGCCGAAGGUUUAGAACGAGUGGCCAGGUUGCUUGCGGUCUACAGUGAUACGCAAUACGUUCUCCAAGGAUAUUCGACGUCAGCAAAACUGGUCGACGCGCUUAUUCGACUCUAUGGCACAAUUCUGACAUACUUUGCCAAUGCUAUCCGUUACUAUGGCAGUGGAGCACUAACUGACUUGUGGCAACUUGAAGAGCGACUUGUCAAAAGCGCGUCUGUAAGUGGCAUAGAGCCAUAUCUCCAAAGGAUGGACGAUGCAGAGCGGCAUGUCCGCAGCUUGAUGGACAACUUGAAUCUUGAGUACCAGGUGGAUAGUCGGAAGAAUAUGAACUUCGUUCUGCAGUACCACCAUGAGACAUUUCGAGAAUUGAAGUUGACAUCAAACAGGAUCAGUCGGGAUAGCCUUCGCCGAUGGCUACAUUGCGUAUCUACAGAGGACCGGUACGAACAAGUCCUGCGUUCCACUCUCGAGAAAACCUGCACCUGGUUCCCAGACCGGAACGAAUUUCACAAUUGGGUUACUUCUGACCCUGACAACGGAAGAAAGGUUCUGUGGAUUCACGGUGGACCAGGCCAUGGGAAGACAUACCUGUGUGCCAGUCUCAUUCGACAUAUUACGUCUAAAAAAGAAGAAUAUGGCUUGGGCGAGAUUGCCUCCUUCUUCUGCUCUUCCGACUUUGAGAGUCAUCGAAAACCAGAGAUGAUUCUCCGUUCAUGGAUUGCCCACAUUAUCACAGUCAACAAUGAUGCCUUUGACAUUGCAGCCGAUGUUUGGAAUGGUAACGACAUCCGACCGGCUACAACAGAUGAAAUAUGGAAGGUUUUCCGUCUCAUAAUUCGAGAAAUCCGUCAUUGUAUUUUUGUAGUAGAUGGUCUGGACGAAUGGAUUGGCGCAGAUCCUGACGAAGAGUAUGAAAUCGUUGAGUUUUUUGAACGGCUAUGGGACGAAUCAAUGGAUUGCGAAUGCCGGUUUCUUUUAUGCAGCAGAGAUGAUCCAACGAUACGUUUAUGCACGAAAUUGCCCUCCAUCAGGUCUUCUGAGCUGAUUCAUUAUGCCAUUUUAUCGACAGACACGGACACAGAUAUCGCCAAAUUUGCAAAAAAUACAGUCACCAAGAAACUUGGUUCCUAUAACGAUCAGAAAUUUCUGGAUGAGAUCUCCGAAGAGGCAACCAAAAGAGCCAAUGGAAUGUUUCUCUGGAUACGUCUCCUGGAGCAGCGACUUCACCGGGGGGAGAAUAAGAAGCAGCUACGGAACGCUGUUUCAGCACCACCUAAAAUGGAGAAGGUCCUGGAAAGAGAGCUACAGCGCAUUAUGCAGCUGGAAGACACCGAGAAAUCCAGAGCUAUCGCAAUUCUGAGAUGGAUUCUGUUUGCAGUCCGACCUUUAACAGUACGAGAGCUUACCGAGGCCAUGAUUACGGAUGAGGCUUCUUCUUUUGACUAUCCAUACGAUGAUUUACCGGAGGCAUGGGAUGAUGAUCAUAUAGACCGCCAAAUCCGAAGAUUUUGUCCAUCACUAGUCGAAAUCCGCGGUGACUCAACCGAUAUACAAAGUCACACGGUUCACAUUGUUCAUUCUCUGGUGAGGGAAUUUUUAAUGAAAGAUGUGCGUAAGAAUCCAAUUUGGGAUAUUUCUUUCAAAGAUGAAGAGAGGCAGCAUACCUACCUGGCAAAGACCUGUCUUCAAUAUGUUCGCUUCGAUGAUAUAACAGAGGGAUAUCAAUCAAGUGCCACCCACCAAGAAAAUCUAUUGCAGAAAUUUCAGUUCCUCUCAUACGCAGCGGAAAUGUGGGCAGUGCAUCGAACUACAAGCAAUGAAUACGCCUCUGAAGCAGAGUCGCUAUUGCAAGAGACAUUCGAUCCUGCAUCAGGUCGAUGGUUGGUAUGCCACGAGAUAUUUGAGAAAAAAGUCGAGAAAUUUGAUGUGUACGAAAAGCAAAGCCUGAACAUGCCUCCCAAUGCACUCUAUUAUGCGGCGCUAAUGGGUCUGUGCGAUGUCAUUUCCUGGUUGGCCUCGAUUGGAUGUGAUGUAAAUUCCGUCGGUGGGCGAUACGGAAGUGCAAUACAAGCAGCUGUUGUGAAAGGUAGAAAGGAGGCAGUGGAGAUACUGUUAAGACAUGGAGCAAACGUUGAUCAGAUCGGUGGAGAAUAUCACAGUCCCUUGCUUGCUGCAGCAAGAAAAUGCUCGGAUAAGACGACGGAAAUGAUAUUGGAUAUACUGAUCGAUGAAAAAGCCGACUUUGAAUGCGCCGAUAAGGAUGGCAAAACUGCAAUGCAUUACGCAGCAACGAACGGAUCACAGAGAGCAGUGCAGAAACUGAUCAGUAAUGGUGCAUAUGUGGAUUGCGAAGACAAUGAAGGAUCAACGCCGUUACAUCUAGCCUGUAAAAAUGGGCAUUCAGCUGUUGCUCGACUACUGCUUGAGAAAGGAGCAGAUGUCAAUGCUCGAAGUGAAGAAGGCCGCACCCCAUUGCAUCUAGCCUCUGGAAAUGGACACCAUGAUACCGUUGAUAUAUUGCUCAAAAGAAAAGCUGAAGUCAGUGCUCUGGAUAGCAGUGGCUCGACGCCACUACAUUUGGCAUCUCAGAAUGGGCAUCAUAUCAUUGUUGAGAUUUUAUUAAGGCAUCAAGCUGAGUUAAAUAUGUUGGAUAAUGACGGAUGGACAGCGCUCCACGCAGCCUCUGGCAAAGGGCAUCAAACUAUCGUGCAGUUAUUACUCAAGAGAGGAGCUGAGGUCAAUAUAGCAGAUAAUCAAUGUCAGACAGCUCUGCUUAUAGCAGGUUCUCAUGGACACACGGAUAUUGUGCGGUCUCUGCUUGAAAAAAAUGCAGAUGUGAAGGCACGCCAUCGCGAUGGGUUCAGCACUCUACAUAUAGCCUGUCAAGAAGGAUUUCAGCCUAUUGUAGAGCUGCUUCUCAGUUCUGGCGCUGAUGCCGAUGAAAUUGACAAUGAUGGAUACUCAGCUCUAAUGGUGGCCGCUCAGAAUGGACACCAGUCUAUUUUAGAGCUGCUUCUGAGAGAAGGAGCAAAUGUUAAAACUCAAUCGAGCAGCGGAUGGUCUGCUAUACAUGCAGCUUCUCAAAGUGGACACCAUCAAAUCGUGCAGCUUCUUUUGAAGGAAGGAGCUGAUGUCAAUAUAGCAGGUAAUGAGGGACACACUGCUCUGAUUCAAGCAACCCAUGGGGGGCAUAGUGAUACUGUGCAAUUUCUUAUUCGACAUGACGCGGACGCAACUGCUCAAACCAUUCAUGGAUACACUGCUCUUCAUUCAGCCGCUCAAAAUGGAAACCAGACUAUUGUGCAGCUACUUUUAGAUAAAAAUGCUACCGCCAAAGCCCAGACUGAUGACGGAUGCACUCCUCUUCAUUUGGCUGCUCAAAAUGGACACCAGACUAUCGUGCAGCAACUUCUCGAUAACGCUGCUAAUGUCAAAGCUGAAACAGAUGAUGGGUGGAUUCCCCUUCAUUUAGCUUCACAAAAUGGCCACUUGAAUAUUGUGAAGUCACUUCUUGAGGCAGGAGCAGACGUUGACUCUGAAACCAAGGCUAGAUGUACACCUCUUCACUUAGCUUCACAAAAUGGUCACCAACCUAUUGUGGAGCUCCUUCUUGAGCUAGGAGCAGACGUUGAAGCUCGAACUGAUUCUGGAUGGACUGCUCUUCAUUUAACCUCACAAAAUGGUCACCAAAAAGCUGCGCAGCUACUUCUUGACAGAAAAGCUAACGUGGGAGCUCUGACCAAUAGUGGAGGGACUGCCCUUCAUUUGGCCGCUCAAAAUGGACACGAGAAGGUUCUACAGCUACUUUUUGAAAGAGGUGCUGACGCCAAUAUUCAAAUGAAAAGCGGCACUGCUCUUAACCUAGCCUCGCAAAACGGCCACUUGAGUAUUGUGGAGCUACUCCUCAAGGAAGGUGCAGAUGCAAAUGCUCAAGUUCCAAGAAGUGGAUAUAGUGCUCUUCAUCUAGCCUCUCAAAAUGGACACAAGGCUAUUGUGCAGCUUCUGCUGGAACGCCAUGUAGACGUCAAUUCUCAGACUUACGAGAAAGGUCGGACUGCUCUUCAUCUGGCCUGUGCGAAUAGCCAUGAGGACAUUGUUCAGCUUCUGCUUGAGCAUCAUGCAGACCCGAAUCCUCAUCCUCGGCAGAGCUGGACUCCUAUAUUUGCAGCGGUCCAGAAUGGGCUUUAUAAUAUCACUAAGCUGUUGCUCGCAAAUAACGCUAAUGUUAAUGUCCACGAUGAUCUUGGCUUUAGCCCAUUACUUGUAGCAUGCUCAACGGGAUAUUACAGCGUUGUCAAGUUAUUACUUGAGAAUCAUGCUGACGUUCAUGCCUCCGAACUACAGAGAUGGACCUCAUUACAUUUAGCAGCUCAAAAUGGGCAUUAUGAAAUCGUGAAACUGUUGAUUGAAGCUCAUAUUGAUGUCAGAGCUCAAACUAUUGAUGGAAGGACCGCCGUUUUCAUCGCAUCUUUCAAGGGGUAUCACAGCAUUGUUAAGCUAUUGAUUGACAAUAACAUUGAUGUCAACAUUUCGAAUGAGAAUGGGUGGACCCCAUUGCAAGUGGCAUGUCAGGACGGUCACUACAGUAUCGUUAAGCUAUUGCUCGAAAACGGCGCAAGUGUCAAUGCCCCAAACGAGAAUGGCUGGACUGCGUUACAUGCGGCGUCUCUGCAUGGCCAUUACGGUAUUGUCAAACUAUUACUUGAAAAUGGUGGGAACAUCAAAGCCGCAUAUCAGAAUGGUUGGAGCCCAUUACAUGCGGCAUCUCUGCAUGGCCAUUACGGCAUUGUGAAGCUAUUACUUAGGAAUGGUGCGGAUAUCAAAUGUCCGACGGAGGAUGACUGGACCCCAUUACAUGUGGCAUCCCAGAAUGGCCAUUACGGCAUUGUUAAGAUAUAUGUGGAACACAAUGCGGACGUCAACGCCGCAGAUGAUGAUGGCGAUACUCCAUUGCACGUUGCCGCUCGAAAUGGACGUGUCGCUGCGGCCCAAUUGCUUCUUCAAGCGCAAGCAAACCCCAGAGCUCUGGAAAAAAAUUCACGGUCUCCUUUGACCUAUGCAAUAUAUUGGGGUCAUCUGCAUGUUGCCAUAGCUCUCCUGGAUCACGGGGUAUCCAGUGGCGUAGGGAGUUUUGAUAAUCGUUCGUGGUCAGCAGGAAUCUGCAAAGGCGAUAGUUCCGUUGUUUCCCACUACCUACAGCAAGGAUAUGACCCUAACACUGAAGUUUGUCCUGGAGUAUCAGCUUUACUUGCUGCAUCUUGCCUAGGGCAUGGUCAUAUUGUCAAGCUCCUACUCGACAAGGACGCAGUAUUCGACAAUCAGAAUAGUCAUGGGUGGGCACCAUUGUGGGGAGCAGCAUUCAAUUGUAAAACGGAUAUUGUGCAUACUCUACUACAGCAUCAUGUCCCAGUUGAUGCAACAUACGUGAAGCAAAGAUCUGCUCUGCAUGCAGCGGCCUUUCAUGGGCAUGAUAGUGUUGCCAGGCUGUUGCUUCAGAACGGUGCAUCUGUAGACAUCGAAGACAGCCAGUACUCCACUCCACUUCAUGAGGCAUGUCGCGAGGGCAAGGAAGAAGUCGCAAAAACUCUUCUCGAUUACAAGGCUUCCAUAAAUAUGUGUGAUGUUCAUUUGCACACGCCAUUGCAUCUCGCAGCUCGGAAGGGUCAUGAGAGUAUCGUCAAAUUCCUUGUUGAGAAAGGUGCCGAUCUCGACAGCAAAGAUGAGAAUGGACAAACUCCUCAACUCCUGGCUGAGAAGGAUGGACAGACGUCAGUUGCUGAACUCCUGAAGAAUCUAAAAGACGAAGACGAGGAUGACGAAUGA